GUAUUAGUUUCUGGGACGAUUUUCUGGAUCAAACACUUAUUCUCUGCUUAAUCUUGAUGUCAACUUCCGUGAUCGUGUGGUUGUGGUUAGAAUUUUGACAUUUAAAAAAAAAAGAUUUAAGAAUGUGAAGUUCGGGUAACAUUGCAAAGCAACAAUUAAAGUUUUUAGUAUGUUGUUUGAUCCUUGAAAUAAUUAUUUUUAUCUUACAGUUGUGUAAAGAUAUGUUUUAAAAUUAAAACAUGAAGUUACGCCAUACAAUAAUCAGAUUUUUCUCUGAAAAUUUUUACGUUAUCUUUGGCAUUAUUAUUGGUUUGUAUGUGUCUUCAGUGAUACAAAUAGCAGAAGAUAUCAACUGUGAUAAAAACCCGUCGAAUUAUCAUGGGCCAGCUCGAGCAGACAUAUCUAAUAUAUCAAAUACUCAAAACAAAGUCACACUUCCUGUGCUUCCAAAAAGGCCCAGUCAAACUACUAGAAAAUCCAAAUCAAAGUUAAUAAGGCCAAGGUAUUAUUCAACAGAACUGGGCAUCAGAGAGAAACUUUUUGUUGGUAUUUUCACAUCUGAGGAGAAGAUCAACACUCAAGCAAUACAUAUCAACAAAACCAUUGGGCAUUUGGUUGAUCGGAUAAAAUUCUUCAUGACUGCACAAUAUAAAUUGAAAACAAAAUUUAAUUUGACUGGACUGGUAGGCUUUACAGAUGCAAGGUCUAAGUAUAGGCCUUUCCAAGUGAUCAAAUAUGUAGGCGACACUUUUCUACAAGAGUAUGAUUAUUAUUUUUUUGCAUAUGAUUACACAUUCAUCAAUGCUCAGAGGCUCAAAGAUGUUGCAAAACAAAUCAGUGUUAGCAUGGAUGUUUAUUUGGGAGUUAGAGUAAAGGAUGGUAGCUUCUGUAAUUUAGAUUCUGGAAUAUUGAUCAGUAACUCGGUCUUGAAGGCAGUGAGAAAUUACUUAGAUUGGUGUGUAAUGAAUACAAUUUCUGAUGAUCAUAGUGAGAAUAUUGGUCGAUGUAUCUACCAUAGCUUAGGUUUGACUUGUCAAGGAUCAGUUCAGAUGCAAAGCCUACCAUCUUACAAAUUGAAGCAUUUUGAACUGAGCCAAUAUUUGCAUGACUUGUCUAACAAAAAUGAGUUCAACAGAGCAGUUACCGUGUAUCCUUUGCUACAAAAAGAAGACUUCUAUUUAUUAAAUGCAUACUUUCUUCGGCAAAGGUUAACUACAAUAAAUGAAGAAAUCGAAAAUCUGUCCAAAAUUUUAAAUGAUACAUGGCCCCCAGGACAAAGGCAAGGAGCAAAACCAGCUACCCGUUUUGAUGUGGCUAGACAAUAUUACUUCAACAUGACGCAUGUGUUUUUUCCUGAUGAUUUCACAAAUGUGCGACGUCAUUCUGAACCUGAACUGAUUGACAUUAUGAACAUCAUUGAUGAAAUAAAAGCACAAACUUCAAGUAAGCACAACAGCGUACUUGAACACAAAGGGCUUGUUAAUGGUUACAGAACUUUUGACUUGAGCAGAGGAAUGGAUUAUGUUAUUGAUAUGAGUCUCAAAGAUACUUCUACAGGAGAAAAAGUGAUUAAAAGGUUUCAAGUGUGUAAACCUUUAGGCAGCGUUGAGUUUGUUCCAGUGCCUUAUGUAACUGAGAGUAGCAGAGUUAAUAUCAUCCUACCAAUUCAAGAAACGGAAAUUGCAUUGGCUAUGGAAUUUCUCAGAAACUAUAACUCACUUAUAAUGGAUAGGAAAGAAAAAACAUUUUUAAUGCCUGUUUUAUUGUAUCAAUAUAAUAGUGGUAGCAAAGGUACUAAUGAUGUGUUUGGGGAAGUAAAAAAUUUUGUGACAAAAACCGCCAGUAGAUAUAAAAAUGAUGAUGCAAAGAUACAAUGGGUGUCAGUAAGGCUACCAGAGAGCUCAAAACCAGUGUAUGUAGAAGAUGUUCAGGUUCUCAAUUUUGCUGUUGUUGAUUUGGCGCUAAAGAAGAUUGGUUUGGAGAGUCUGUGCUUGAUUUUGGAUGUGUAUUGUAAUAUCACUGUCGACUUUCUUAACCGUGUAAGUCUUUAAUAAUUGUUUAAGUGAUGUUAUAUGAACAGGGCGCAGUCCUUGAUGUCAUACUGACGCUUAAUGCGCGGCGUUGGCGACACACUGUUAGGGUGGUUGCAAAUAACAACACUUUUGGAUUACAAAUACGAUGAUGGGGCUCGACAAGUCAACGACAUUGUCGAAGCGUUAAGCUUGCUAUUCAAAAUCGCUCCGUUAUGCCAAAAGCGAUACCGUCAGACGAAGCACUUUUUAUCAACGUAGAGAAUCGUUCGAUGUAAUUUACAGCGCCUGACCGAAUGACCAUACCACACCGUUCCACUUGAAGUCGGCAUGGAUGUCUACGUAUCGUCGGUUGUCGUUCUUAUAAAUUGCAAUGUAGGUAUGCCAUUAGCCAUUGAUUAACAUAUUCCACCAGAAAUCCAAUUGAAAAUCUUGCCUGUGCGAAAAUAAACAUAUGUACCAGGUCGCUGCUAACCACUUAUGCUUGCAACUAUAUACGUAUAGACCUCACGCGUUCCCACCUUGUUGCCGCAGACUAUGGGAUUUCUUUUUCCGCCGUUGAGAUAUUCUAAGAAUACAAAAUCUUAGAAAGAAUUGCGAGCGAGUCUCUGCGGGAGGUUGACGGAUGAUUUUUGAUUUGGGGUUAAUAACUUUUAAGAAUAUACAGUUUUCCUUAACAUUUAAAUGGGAGUCUAUUUUUGUACUUGCAAUGCGAUGCAACUUGGCACCAUGGCUGUGUAAUAAGUCGACGCUAAAGGUGUUCAUAUGGUACUUAAAAUUUCUACGGUGUUUUCUAUUUUUUUUUUUUAGAAUAUUAAAACAUGACUUUUCUGGUGUUUUAGGUCCGAAUGAAUACCAUAAUGAACUUUCAGAUUUUCAGUCCAAUACCCUUUAGACAAUAUGAUCCUAAGAUAUCACAAAUUAACAUAUUAGAUGUAAACAAAAACACUGGCCACUUUGACAAUGAAGAGUACAAAUAUAUUUCGUUCUAUGGAAAAGACUAUGUUUAUGCUAGGAAGAAAUGCCAGAAUGUCAUACCUUUGAUAAGGAUAGACAAUGAUAUCUCGAAUCUGCUGAAUGAUGAUCAUAUACAUAAGGGGCAUAUUUUUGAGAUGUUCAUCAAGUAUCAAGAAAAGCUGCACUGUAUGCGAGCCACAGAGAUGAGUUUGAAGAUCAAGUAUCAUGAAUUAAACGAACGAAAUAGGAUGGAUUUAUUUUUAGUUACCGAAUAUGCCGGAGAAAUGGAAAGAAGUCAGCGCCGAGUUUAUGAACAUGUGGAACUUUCCCAACGUGAUUGGUGCAUUGGACGGUCAACAGAUCAUGCUGCAGGCUCCAUUUAAUACAGGAUCGGAUUUUUUCAACUACAAAGAGUUUUUCAGUAUUGUUAUGUUGGCCCUAGUAGAUGCCUCCUACAAUUUUAU